AUGAAUAGUUCAUUAUAUUAAAAAAGAGAAUGUUUCUCAUAAAAAAUAAGAAGAAAUGAAAAUGAAAAAAUGUUUUAAGAAAAAAGAAUACCAUAAAUAUCAAAAGAAAUAAUGCAAAAUUUAAUCAAUAUUAAAGAUUAAGAGUCAAUCAAUCGUCUUACAGAUGCUACUACAGGAUCAAAAGAACAAACUUAAGAUUUAAUAUAAAUUGGUGGAUUAAAAUUUUUUUAUGAAUUACUAUAAUCAAAAGAAAAAACUAAUGCUUUUAUUGCUUUAGGUAAUUUAUGUAGUGAGAAAAUUGUUUAAGAAGAAGUUUUAGAAUUAAACAUUAUUGAAUAUAUGAUAGAGGAAGUUCAUAGAUACAAAACUCUUGAAGAUUUGUCUCUGAGAUUAUGGUUCUUAAGUGUGUUAGCUAAAUUUAUUUGAGAAGAAAAUGCUAUAGCAAAAAGAGAAAAACUCUUUCAUAUUUUUUGGAUGUACUAAAAAAAAUAUCCUAAUAUACUAAAAAUUUAGUAAGAAUGUUUUUAAGGAUUCUAUGCUUUAAUAAAAAUUAAGUUUAUAUAAGAUGAAUUAAUGGAAUUAUGUUGCAAUAAUUUAAAUAAAGGUAUUGAUAAUAUCAUCUUAAAAAUUUUGUUUCAUCUUAUUAAUGGCGAUAUGAAAUUUGUUAAGAUUUUACAUGAAAGCCAAUUUAUUUAGUAUUGUGCAAAACAUCUACAAAUUUCUAGUAGAUAAAAAUACACUUUAAGAAUUUUAUAUUAUUAUGCUUAGUAUUAUGUUGAUUAAAUAAUCUAAAAUAAANAUUAUGCAGAAGUUAAGAUUUUAAAUAACAAAGAGAUAUUAAACUUUUGA